AUGGCCGUUGCGCAAAGGUGCCGCUCCAGUAUGUCCUACGAGGCCAGGACGCAGCGCACACGGACGGCGCUUAUUGUGCUGCUGACUUCUCUCGUGGGGAUCGUGUCAUCGUAUCCGAUCAGGACUAAUGCAACUUCGCUGGAGAGGAGAUGGGAGACGCUCUUCUCCCGCUCCUACCUGGGUGUAAGUGGCGGAAAAGCGGAGUUGAACUGGGAGAGUGACUAUUUGCUCGGCAUCAAAAGAGUGCGGCGACUUUACUGCAACGUGGGCAUUGGGUUUCACCUGCAGGUCCUCCCGGAUGGCGGGAUUAGCGGCGUGCACAGUGAGAACCAAUACAGUCUCAUAGAGAUCUCCACGGUGGAGCGGGGAGUGAUAAGCAUGUACGGAGUGAGGAGCGAGCUGUUCGUCGCGAUGAACAGCAGAGGAAGGUUGUACGGAACGAGAGUCUUUCGGGAUGAAUGCAAGUUCAAGGAGACUUUGCUGCCCAACAACUACAACGCCUACGAGUCUUUUGUUUACAAGGGCUCCUACAUUGCCCUCAGCAAGCAUGGCCGCGUAAAGAGAGGCAACAAGGCCACCACCGCCAUGACCGUCACACAUUUCCUCCCCCGACUAUGA